AUGAAAUGGGAGUCAAAGCCGGGCGGGCUUAGGGUUAGCACGAGGGCCUGCCAGGCUCACAGGAGCUCAUCUCAGGACGAUCGGGCUUGCCCAGUCCUGGGGGUCCUGACUUUCUUUCCUGGUCUAGAACCAACCCCAGCCACCCCUGAAAGCUCCCUAACUGCCGCUUUCUGGGGGUGCCCCUCCUCCUGCCCAUCCCCACCCCCCGCUUCCUCCCCCACUCCAGAGGCCUUUGAAGAGAGUCGUGGGAGCUUCUUGCUCUCCCACUCAGGGCCCCCUCACCAGCCACAGCAUCCCGGCCCUGCUGACCUCUUCGACUUUAUAUCCUGGGCUCACCCGGCCUCCCUGCCACAGCCCGCGUCCCAGCACAGCUCCUUCAACCCUGGUCAGCCCAAUUCCUUAUCCUGUUAA